AUGAAGGUCAGUUGGACAUUGGUCAACGUUAAGCACCAGCUCUGGCACCAGCAUCACCACUUGACGGCAGUGGCGGCGGCGGCGACAAUUGGACUAGGCCAGGCACAACUGCUCGACGAGGAUGAUGAUCUAGCAUACGACAAGCCAUGGCCCACGUACAGUUUGCAGAAUAUGCCCAAAACGCAGUUCACUUGCCAUGACAAGAUACUUGGCGGCUAUUAUGCAGAUCCUGAGACUCAAUGUCAGAUGUUCCAUGUGUGCGUUAAGCUGCCCGGAGUGGGGCUCAUACAUCGAAGAGUUAAUUCGUUUGUCCAACAGGUGCAGGAUUAUCGGUUCCUCUGCCCAAAUACCACUGCGUUUGAUCAAGAGCUGCAAAUCUGUGCCAACUGGGCGGAUGUUGAUUGCGACAAGGCCGUCUCAUUCUAUGACAUUAACAACAAUUUAAACGAUUUAUACCGCAGCGGCGGCGCCGGCGUUCCGGAUGAGAGUAAGAGCGCCAACGAAGAUGAGGCCACAUUCCAUUUGCAGCGUGCCGAAAGUGGCGAUGUGCGUCGCUCUAAGGAGAAUCGUGGUGAACAAAAAUCACGGCCCAGGCAUAAUUAUGUACAGCCAACGGACAGUCAUGGCACGCAAACCACAAAGCGUCCUAUAUCCAGUUACUAUACACCAACAACAACAAGCAGUUCGACAACGAGCACAACAACAACAACAACAACAGAGCGUAGCUAUUACAGCAACAACAACAAUAAUGAUGAUUCAAAGCAAGACUUUGAUGAUAUCUUCAAGGGUUCCCACAGUUCGCACUUCUUUUCCAACCGUCAUGGCGGACGUGAAUUCGACGAUGAGCCAUCGCAGCCAGCCCGUCCUAAGGCCAACGAUUUCAAUGAUUACAAUCGCAAGACCACAGAGUCGGUUAACAAGUCACGAGCCACACCCACACGGGGACAACGCAUUACCAGCCCAAGUACUACACCAGCUCCAACAACAUCCACAACCAAAUCGCUGAAAAAGAUAACAUUGCAUGCCGCCUACAAUACGGAUUUCGUUGACUAUUCCCAGCAUUAUAGGUCCACAACGGCGGCCAAUAGUGGGUCAUCAUCGUUGCUAUCAUCGCCAGUCACGACACCACGACCAAGCAGCUCGAUCACUAGCCGCUUUAGCUUCGGUGUGAAUGAUUAUCAGACCCAAGAGCGUAUACAACCGACUACCUACAAUCCGAACAAUGGAGCCUAUCGCUUCAAGAGCACGGAUCUGCCGUCCCCGUCCACGUCUACCAAGUUGACAGGUAAAAAUGCCCAGGACUUUGACAAGGAUACCACGAAGAGGCACAAACCAACUGUGGCCGCACGUAAGCAGCAAAAACUCGGUCCCCAGGAAUCCAACUACAUCAAUCAUAAUGAGUUUGCCGAGGUGCCCAAGGUUAAGUUGCAGCAACCGCAACCCUUUCAGGCAACGCAGAGGAAACCCAUUCAGCAGGAGCCUCACUAUCAGCGCUCCAGGACACAGCAAUUGACCCGUGUUGGCAAUCAAGAGCCGGCUCCGUUCAAGGCAUCGGCAAAACCCAAUACGGCGGCCAGUGCCAAGCCGCGUUCUUUUACCAGUCGCGGCAGCAUUACCUACAAAGCCACCACACAGCAUUAUGCAGAUGAUGUCGAUUUCUAUUAUCCCACCACCACCACCACAGCAGCCACGAACAAUCCGUAUUUCGUGUCGGGAAAGAAGCACACGUCUCCAGCUGGCAAGGAUCUGUUUACACCCACGACGUUUAAGCCAACAACGUAUAAGAAACCCUACGACCAGAGCUACUAUCAGCAGGCACAGCAAACUCUGCGCCCCAAUCAGGGACAGACAAAGAAAAAUUCAGCUGUAACCUCUGCUCCAGCCACCACUCCCAAUCCCAAUAACAACAUAGAUGAGGACGAUGGUCAAUAUCAUCCAGAGUUGUAUGAAAAUGAUUUUCCACGCAAUCGCAUAAAGUUUUUGCGUAACAGAUCCACAAGCUCCACCACAUCGACGACUACAACAGCGGCUCCAGUCUCCAGCAGACAGCCACAGGGAUUCAAUCAUCAUCACAACUUUCAGCAGGCCCAUAGCCAUUUAAAGACCCAGCAGCAAUCUACCUAUCAGAAGGAACGUGAGCAACCCGAUGACAGUGAUGAUGAGGAUGAACUUUUCAAGACGGCGCAAUCUUUGAACUUCGGAGCAGCCAGUAUUAACAAACUACGUGCGGAUAUCUAUAAGGCGGAGAAGACAUCCCAGCAAUAUAAUUCACAGUAUAGUCCGCAGGCAGCGCCAUCUAGUCAGAAGACAACAGCCUCGAUUCAGACACAGAGCACCGCCUAUCUGACUAGCACAUCGACCACCACCCGGCGACCAACAACUUCGACUACAACAACAAAAACAACGACAACAACAACAGUGAAUCCCAGUGGGGAUUCAAAGAAAUCAUCAGGCAAAAGCAAAAAGGAACAACAUCAGGAGAAGAAGUCCAAGUCGAGUGGCAAACGACCGCCUCAUGUGGAUGAGGAUACCAGCUAUGACUAUGCAUACUAUGACACGGACUGAGCUCAAAUUGGAGUUUUAAGUUCCCAGGUCCUUUAGCUCCUGUCUCCUGUCCGCUAGCCACUGAAAUAAAAACCCAUUUAACCAUCAAUCCCUUGCCCCAUUGACUUGCUAACCGUUUCCAUCAGUUCAUUGUCCAGCAGCCAAUUACUUACCUAGGUGCCACAGUAUUGGGUGAUCUUACACACACACACACACAUACAUAUGUAGAUUCAUAACCGAUAACUACUAUCCAUUAACCAUUAAUCCAUAAUCCAUCCCAGCAGUUUAUUGAAUUCCCCUUUUAACACUCGCGUACUUUCAUUCAAUUAGAUUCAGAUGCGUUCUAACGAAUUUCCAUGCGUGUAUCUAGUUAUUUAAAUAAAACAAUCAUAUUUUUAGUCGUUAGACAAUUGUUGCAAUGAAGCUAA